CGAGACGUUUUAAUCAACCACCAACUAUUUAUACGCCAACAGCUGCCGCCAAACAAAUAGCAGCAACUAUUAGUGAGGUAUUACGUGAAGGUUUUCAAUUUAAUUUACAAUCAUCACCUGUACAACACUUUUGA